UUGCCACAACACCUUUCUUUGUAAUCACAGAGCUCGUCCACUUAGCUUCUUUCGACCCAAAACACGCCCGCAACAGUGUGUAGCAAGAGGGAUCGAGUUUGCCAUGGAGAUUGUUGUGGGGGCUAUCGGCCCUCUCCUCCCCAAGCUCGGUGCGCUCCUCGUUGGCGAGUUCACCCUGGAGAAACGCGUGAGAAAAGGCAUUGAGUCUCUUGUGACAGAGCUCACGCUGAUGCAUGCCGCCCUCCAUAAGGUGGCAAAAGUGCCGCCACAACAGCUUGACGAGGGGGUCAAGAUUUGGGCAGGAAAACUGAAAGAUUUGUCCUACAAAAUGGAGGACAUAGUUGAUGCUUUCAUGGUGCGUGUGGAGGAUGGUGGUGAGCCUACCAACCCAAGGAAUAGAGUCAAGAAGGUACUCAAGAAGACAAUCAAAUUAUUCAAGAAUGGUAAGACUCUUCAUUGGAUCUCUAAUGCUCUAGAGGAAGCGGUUCAUCAAGCUAAGCAGUUGGCCGAGCUACGCCAAAGGUAUGACCAAGAGAUGCGGGACACUAGCGUUGGUCCUAGUGUUGACCCUCGCAUACUAGCCUUGUACACGGAUGCGGCAGAGCUCGUUGGUAUUGAAGAAUCACGAGAUGAGUUGAUCACCAAGUUGAUUGAAGGCGAUGAUUGGUUGAAGCACCCGUUGAAGACAAUCUCUAUUGUUGGAUUUGGUGGAUUAGGAAAGACAACUCUUGCCAAAGCAGUAUAUGACAAGAUCAAAGUGCAAUUUGAUUGUGGUGCUUUUGCCUCGAUUUCUCAGAAUCCUGACAUGAAGAAAGUUUUCAAGAAUAUUCUCUAUGAACUUGACAAGAACAAGUAUGCACAAAUUCGUAAUGAAGAAUGGGAAGAAAAGCAUCUGAUCGAUGAACUCAUCGAAUUCCUUAGUUGCAAGAGGUACAUCAUCGUAAUUGAUGAUAUAUGGGAUGAAAAAGUGUGGGAAUUCAUUAAUUGCGCUUUCUCCAAGAAGAGUUUGGGAAGCCGACUAAUCACGACCACCCGCAUCGUUACUGUCUCUGAAGCAUGCUGCUCAUCUAGAGAUGAUGUUUACAGAAUGAAACCUCUUUCUGACGAUGUGUCAAGAACACUCUUCUGUAAAAUAGUAUUUUCUCAAGACAAAGGGUGUCCUCAAGAAUUGGUGCAAGUAUCCAAAGAUAUUUUGAAGAAAUGUGGCGGCAUACCAUUAGCUAUUAUUACUAUAGCAAGUCUCCUUGCUAAUAAUCACCAGAUAAAGCCAAAGGAGCAAUGGUAUGCUUUGCUCAAUUCCAUUGGUCAUGGACUUACAGAAGAUCGCAGUUUGGAGCAGAUGAAAAAGAUAUUAUUAUAUAGUUAUUAUGAUCUACCUUCGUAUCUAAAACCUUGUUUGUUAUAUCUUAGCAUCUUCCCAGAAGAUUAUAAGAUUAUGAAAAUCAAGCUAAUAUGGAGAUGGAUUUCAGAAGGUUUUGUUUAUAGCGAAAAACAAGAAACUGACUUAUAUGAGCUCGGUAAGAAGUACUUCAAUGAGCUAGUAAAUAGAAGUAUGAUACAGCCAAUUGGUAUUGAUGAUGGAGAAGAUAAACAAGCGUGUCGUGUACAUGACAUGGUGCUUGAUAUCCUAUGCUCACUGUCAACUGAAGAAAACUUUGUAACAAUAUUGGAUGGCACCGGAAGAAAAAUGCCUAAUUUGGAAAGCAAGGUUCGCAGAUUAUCCAUCCAAAAUAGCCAGAUAGACGUCGAUAUCACUAGGAUGACACAGAUGAGAUCUCUUACUGUUUUCAUCAAUAAUGUUGUCGGAAAAGUGUCAGAUAUAUCAAGUUUUCAAGUUCUUCGUGUGUUGGAUUUGGAAGGUUGUGAUAUCUCAGAUAUUGGAUAUGUGAGGAAUCUUGUACAUUUGAGGUACUUAGGGCUAAGAUAUACUCAUGUUGAGGACCUUCCUACUGAAAUCAAGAAGCUACAAUUUUUGCUUACCUUGGACUUAAGAGGUACUAAGAUAAAAGUUUUGCCGUCAAGUGUUGUUCAGCUAAGACGUCUAAUGUGCCUGUAUGUUGAUUUGCAUAUGAAGCUGCCGUCUGGGAUAGAUAACCUAGCUUCCCUAGAAGUACUAGGGACAGUGUUGCUGUAUGACAUGGACCUCAAUGCUGUGAAAGAAUUGGGCCAUCUGACCAAGCUUCGGGUGCUCCAAUUUCACUGUGAUGAUGAUGAGAGCCUGGGAAAAGCUUUGAAGGAAUCUCUUAGUAAUCUGUACAAACUGGACAGUCUAGAUAUAUUUGUCCGUGGUGGAGACAUCAAUAUCCUGAGCGAAGACUGGGUCCCUCCUCUACAACUCCGUAGAUUGGCUUUCCCAAUGCCAUUCAGUUGGUUCAAGACACUGCCGUCAUGGAUCAAUCCUUCAUCGCUUUCUCUCCUCACCUAUCUGGAUAUAAAGGUGGCUGAAGUGCGAUCGGAGGUCAUACAACUUAUUGGGAUGCUUCCUGCUCUUUGUGUUCUUGAGAUAAUGGAUGUUUCUAAGUUCUAUGAAGAGCGAGUGGUGGAAAUGUCCGCCCUUUCCUCUGUUGCGUUAUUCCCGUGUGCGACAGAGUGUCACUUCCUUUGUAUUGGUGCAGUGUCAUCUAUGUUUCCACGAGGAGCUGCACCGAGGCUUAAGCACCUUGGCUUCACCUUCUCAGCUAAGUGGAUUCACCAAAUCUUCCACUCAGCAGGCAGCAUGAGCUACCAAAUGUCGUCGAAAUGUACUUUGAUCGCGCAGGCCUCCGCUUCUUCUCCAGCCAAUAUUGUCAAGCACACUGCUUUGCCGUGCCGUUUGAUCCGUCUCCGUCCUGCAACGAGAUGAAGCAAAUCAACCGACUCUUCUAACUUUAUACAGGGGAGCAAAUCAUAUGUUGAUGUUUUCUUUUGUUACCGUGCAACGAAAUUGUAUGAAGUGACGCAUACAAAGACGAUGAUCUCAUAGACCGAUUAUCAUAGCAGUGUUUUGUUAUGUUGCCCCUCAGUUAAUCCAUGGUUACUCUUUUUUUUUGAACGGUGCGUGAGAGUACUCUUGUUAUGAUCAAAGCUACACGCAUUUAUUUUUCUGUCAGCUGUAUUAGUGCUGUAGUGCUGUAGAUGUCGAUGAUGCUAGCCAAUCGGUUUCGGCCGCAGUUUCGACGGAAAUCUAACUGAAGCUGUAAGGCUGAAGCCACGCCAAAUUCAGUCAGACAGAUUAUUUAGCGAUGCCUCAGUUUGUGCAGCGUUUGUUAUACAUGGACACAUUCGGGUGUAAAUUAGUGGGCGUUGUUGUGAGGUAUUCCGAUUUGUCACCACACGUUCCAGAAAUCAUCUGGUCAGGUCCUCUGCUGUCUGUAGCAACUUCUG